CCCCAGAGGGAAACAGUCAUUUGCCGUCACUCUGAUGUCCAAGGUGACAGAUAUAUGUCUCUGGAGAGACCUAUUUGAGUGACCUCUGAUCACUUGUCACCAAAAUAAUCACUAGAAGAUAUUCUGCAAAUAUUUUCAAAUUUAUCUAUGUAUUGACGUAAUUUGUGGCCUCUGUUAGAGUACAAUUGCUGGAGUUUCAAACAUGUCCACAGAGCGGACUACAAACUCCAUUGCGAGUAUUAAAACUGGCUUCUGCUGAUGAAACUGCAAACUAUUUUCGUCUGUAAAUUUUUCUUCAGUUGACUGCAUCUCUGACUCCUGGUCUUUGUUCAUCAUAUCUGGUCCUUGGGUUUAAUUGUGAAUUCCCCAACAGUUAAUGGUGGCGAAUGCUCACAAUCGUUCUUCAGUGACAUCCCUGAUCAACCAGCAAAACAAGGAGGGGCUUAACAACUGCAGUUUUCAGGGAGUCUGGAAAAUUCCCAAAAAGAAGUGAGGCGAUCUGUUUCUGAACAGUUUAUUUAUUUAUUUUUUAAAUGUGAGAAGUGUGUCAAGAUAGCAGGUUGAAUAUUUUAGAUGCUCCACUAUUUCUUCCAAAGUUUUGCUAUCAAUUGCUUCAAAAAUAGACAUAUUAUCUUUUUGAUAUUGCCGAAUCUGUCUGACCUCUGCAUAACUUAAGAAUGUGUUAAUCCUCUUCCUGAUAUUAAUGGUCUUCUCAAAAAAAAAAAAAAGCAAACUCAUUGCAUUUGCUGUCUAAGAGCACUUCUCUGGGUGUUUGGGGGGUUUGUCAGUCUCUCAACAAUAGCAAAAAGAGUGUGAAUGUUGUUUAAGUUACUAUUUAUAAGGUUUGAGAAGAAUCUCUGUCUAGCUGUGGCUAGUUCAACAUUAAAAAGCACGAAGGCUCUAUUUCUCCAAGCUGAUUUCUGUCUGUUUUCUUACUGACUAUUAUUGGGGGAUUGAGGGAUAAUGUGACUGGUGAGAUGGGCUGUGUCUCUGGUGUUUCCAGUGGCUGUGACUUGUUGUUCUGUCUUCCCAUUGAUGUUUUCCAGAAAAUCUUCCUUCCAUCUGCUUAGUGUCCCACCUGUUUUGGAAGUCCAGCAAGAACCACAAUCCUUUGUAGAAGUUUGCAGCAGUUCAUGCAACAAGCAUAUUUAACAAGAGGCAUUUUCUUUCCCUUCUGUUUGAAAGUAGGCAGUUGUUUUCCCAUCUCUGGAAUCAAAAGAAGAAUCAUGAACCUUCUAUGGGCUCUACUGUUUCUUCGUGCUUCAGCACAGGGUCUGAACCUGUUUGAUGACAGAGUAAAGCAGCCAAAGCAGGAGGGCAGAGUGCGAUUGGUGGAGGAUCUGCCUUCUUCUGGUCGUGUGGAGGUCUACCAUGAUGGACAGUGGGGUACAGUUUGUGAUGACGGAUGGGAACUGGCUGAAGCACAAGUGGUGUGUCGUCAACUGGGUUUUCCUGGAGCGAUAUCAGUUGCGCCUGGAGGACAAUAUGGAGAAGGCUCUGGUCCAAUCUGGCUGGAUGACAUGAACUGUAAAGGCUCGGAAAGCUCAUUGUCUGAAUGCAACUUCAAAGGUUGGGGUGUUACUGACUGCUCACAUAAAGAGGACGCAGGAGUGGUCUGUGAGACUGGUAAAAACAUAUCCAGCAAUCGUCAGUUCUCUGUGGAUAACAGCCUGGGUUUGUCCCAUGAUCUUGGUCUUCUGUUUGACAGUGGAGAUGGCUGUAAUUUCAGAAUUAACAUACAAGAUGUCACUGAAGAGUCAGAAUUAACAUUUUGUGUGCACCGUAUGAUCCUCAUCAUUUAUCCAGAGCUAAACAUAACAAAUUAUUCCAGAAACCUCACAGUUGAUGUCAGCCAGACUUGCCAUCAUCAUGUCUCUGCUUUUCUCAGGUAUUUGUACACACGGCAGAUUGAUGUUUCCAUCACGUCAGCUCAAUGUCUGCAUCAGCUGGCGUACAUCUUUGGAGUGAAGAAGCUUAUGGAGGAUGUCGGCCGGGCCUUCACUUCACUCAUUCCUGAAGACAACACUUUCCGUACACAGUUAUCCAUGUACGAGUACGGUGUUCGCACAGGUGACCUUGUUCUUCAAGAGAACGUCCUUCAGUAUCUUUCCUGGAACUGUGAGUUCCUCAUAAGCUCUCCAGUGUGGAGCACCAUCUCCUUUCACAUGAUGGAUGCUCUUCUGCAGCGCUCAGACCUGAUUGUGAAGGAUGAAGCUUUUCUUCUUGAAGCUCUGGAGACAUGGGUCAAAGACAAAGGUGAUGAGAUUAGUUCAGAUCAACAGGCAAGUCUCCUUAAUCACAUCCGUUUCCUUUUGUUCCCAGUGGAUAAACUCUAUGAAAAACAGUUUUCCUCAAGCGCUCUCCGUCAGAAUCAUGAGAAACUCUACCUAACUGGUCUGCUCAGAGGUUUUCAGUUCAACGCUCUGCCUUUCUCUACGAUCAGGAAUCAAAUGGAUAAUAUAAGUAGUGAAUAUCUACCCAGAAUCUACACUGGAGAUGAGUGGAGUCUAUUUAUCAAUGACACAACCAUUGAUUACCCAUACCAUCACUACUACUAUGGCCAAAAUAACAGAAUACAAACCUUCUCCACUCCAGCACACCCCAGUGCUCUUUACAGAGAACAAUAUGUCCAGUGGCAAGCCCAUGUGUUUCUUAGUGCUCAGGAAUGCUCUAACUAUGGUAUUUCAUGUUAUUCUUUUCCUGUUGCAAGGUUUGUCGGAUAUGGUAAUCAGGAAAGAUACACUAGCACCAUUCGCUACAGCAACAGGUUGAUUCUUAGCUGCAAGAAUGUAAACAAUAUAUUUCAUGUUCAAGAUUUCAAAAACGACAUGGCAGUGGUUCCAGAUAACAGCAGUAUGGGUCUGCCAAACCCCUGUCCUGAUGACUACAGUUUCAGAUUUGUAGUGCGUCCAGAGUAUAUCUGACUGCACAGAGUUAUAUUUGGCUUCAUCUUGUUUCCAACAGUCAUUUCAGUAUAUUCAAAUCAAGUUUAAUCAAAUGUCAUUUUCUUUUUAUUUAUUUUUUUAUUAUUUAUGUCAUUUGAUUAUGCAGUGAUUCCUU